UGGGUUUAGUUAAUAAAAUUUUUUACUCAAGAUUCAUUUUAAAUUAAAGAGUGUAAAUUAAUGUAUUUACUAUGACGCCGCUUUUGAAUUUAAUUCUUGUACUUACGGGUGGGUGUAAUACGACUAGUCCAUUACCUUCACCAUUAGGGUUGAAUUAUAUAUCAGUUCCUUUUUCUUUACUUAAUGGAAAUUCGUCGGCUAUUUCCGGACCAAACUGUGAUUGCAAGUGCGAUGGAAUUCCAAUUUUACCAAACACUUGUGAAAUGUUGCGGAAACUUGGACUUUGCAAUGGUGAAAAUACAACAUCAAAUAAAACUGAAGAAAUAACCACAACUUUAAGUUCAGCUAUUUCAACUACUGUCAGUCCUGAAAUGAAAGAUAUCACUACAAAAAAUGAUACUAUUAAAAUGUUAGACGAUAAACCACCAUUAGAUCUUAGUGACAGUAAAGGUGAGGAUAGAAUGUUUAUACCAGGUGUAACUAAAGAUAAAAAUGUCACAUCUUCUGGUGAUGGAACUACAGAGAAAUUUACAACGGUAGAGACACCUACUACACCUAAACCAAGUAAUAGAACUCCAAAAGAAGAAACAACUGAACCUUCUAAAAAAGAUGAGACUGAAAAAUUUAGUACUGAGCGAAGCAGUGAAGGUAUUAUAACACCACUGGGUGUAACUACACUGAGUCCGGAAAAAACUAGUCCAAAAUUUGUUGACGAUGAACCACGUGACGUCGAAAGUAAAUUUAGUGCAGUUAGUGAGCCAACUGCUGAUACAAAUACUACUUCUACACCUCUUCCAUUAACUAAAAAUGGUGUAACAACUACUGAAGAAACUAGCAAAGUACCUUCUGAAGAUGAUAAGAAGACUACUGAACCAAAAAGUCCUGAAUCUUCUACCAAAGAUAGUGAAGAUAAUAUGAUGAUGUGUGAUUCAACACCUGGUGUUACUGAAUCAAAUCAUACAACUUUAAGUUCAGCUAUUUCAACUACUGUCAGUCCUGAAAUAAAAGAUAUCACUACAAAAAAUGAUACUGCUAAAACGUUAGACGAUAAACCACCAUUAGAUCUUAGUGACAGUGAAGGUGAGGAUAGAAUGUUUAUACCAGGUGUAACUAAAGAUAAAAAUGUCACAUCUUCUGGUGAUGGAACUACAGAGAAAUUUACAACGGUAGAGACACCUACUACACCUAAACCAAGUGAUAGAACUCCAAAAGAAGAAAGAACUGAACCUUCUAAAAAAGAUGAGACUGAAAAAUUUAGUACUGAGCGAAGCAGUGAAGGUAUUAUAACACCACUGGGUGUAACUACACUGAGUCCGGAAAAAACUAGUCCAAAAUUUGUUGACGAUGAACCACGUGACGUCGAAAGUGAAUUUAGUGCAGUUAGUGAGCCAACUGCUGAUACAAAUACUACUUCUACACCUCUUCCAUUAACUAAAAAUGGUGUAACAACUACUGAAGAAACUAGCAAAGUACCUUCUGAAGAUGAUAAGAAGACUACUGAACCAAAAAGUCCUGAAUCUUCUACCAAAGAUAGUGAAGAUAAUAUGAUGAUGUGUGAUUCACCACCUGGUGUUACUGAAUCAAGUCAUACUACUGCUAAAAAAGAUGAAUCGGCUUCUGGUGGACAUACUGAUGAUGAUAGGGAUGAUAAGACUUUAAAGACACCUGAAGCGUUGACGACUACAACUGAAUCAGUACCUUCUGAAGAAACUCCGAAGCCUGAAAAUCCAAAGUCUGAUUUGGAUAAUUGUCUUAAAGUAGACAAAGAUACUAUUGACAAACUUGAAAAUAUUACAAUGCAACCUUUAGAGAAGAAGGCGCUGAAGAAAAUUAUAAACAGUAUCAAUAAGUUUAGUCUGGAUUUGACGAAGGCUGUUUUAAAAGACAAUACCACAAAUUACGCAAUCGCGCCUAUUAAUUUUGCGCUUUUAUUAUUGAUGGCUGAAAACGGAGCCUGUAAAGACACUAAAAAGGAAUUAGAUAAUACUUUACAUUUGUCUAAAGAAAUAUCUAAGGAAGAAUUACGGCCUAUAAAAUUUUUAGUGGAUUCGCUUAAGGAUAUGAACAAAACAACAUUGAUUCUGGGUGAUAAAAUAUUUCUGCCUCAAAACGUGGAAAUUAGUCCAGAAUACAGGAACUUAAUUCAGGAUACUUACCAAUCAGAUCCAAUAAGUGUUGAUUACAAAAAAGGAAACGACGCUGUUGAACAAAUUAAUCGCUGGGUUGCAAAUAAAACCAACAAUUAUGCACAAAAAGUCAUCAGUAACAGUGAACAUGAAGUGGUAAAUGAAAAUACAUCCUUAAUUCUCGCUGGUGUUGGCUAUCUCCAGACCAAUUGGGUAUACCCAUUCGACCAGUUGUUUAAUGAUCAAAAACUAUUCUACAUUGGGAAUAAUACGUACAAGUAUGUAUGUACGAUGCUGCAAAUACAUGCAUUUCGUUAUUACCACAUGAAUUAUUUAUCUGCUGCAGUUAUUGAGCUUCCUUUAAAGGCGAAUAAAUAUCAAGAGCUUAAAAUGAUUGUUGUUUUACCAGAUAAGGAAAAAAAUUUAUCUGAUGUUCUUAAACAUCUUAAUAAAUUUCAGUACACUGAUUUUAACCAUCACGCAAAAGUAAAGAUUGUUGAGUUAUCUUUGCCGAAAUUUAAAAUUCAAAGUUUUAUUGACUUACACAAUUAUUCAGACAAGAUUAAUAUUAACAAAACAAUGGACAAUUCUAAUCUUUGCUGUGUGUCUGAAAAGGCAAAAAUUAGUCGAGUCUUACAAAAAACUGUCUUAAGAGUAAAUGAAGGAGAUUGUGUUAGACCUUAUUAUAGUUGCAAAGGCGAUGAUAAUUCCUGCAUGAAUCAUAAAAUCAAAUUUACAGUAAAUCGUCCUUUCAUAUUUUUUAUUAUAAAAGACGAAACAAUAAUCUUCAGCGGACAAAUAAUUGAUCCAAGCCACAAUUAAUUCUAAAUUAAUAAUUAUUUAAUAUUCAUUACUUAAAUAUAAAUUGGAGUAAUAAUUAGAAUUUAUGAAUUUAAUUGUAAUUUAUUAAUAAACUUUAUUGAAUUU